UCUCUGUAAUUUUUGGAAGUCUCUUUGGCUGCGGUGCUCGCGCAAUCAAUUGAAAAUUGAAAUUGAAAUUAAGGCAAAUCGAAUCGGUGCGGGGCGCGUGCAGACUGCUUAGAAUUCCUACGUAUUUUAAUUGGAUCGCCCAAGAUCGACGGCCAAAGUCGUGGUCUUAUCAAGCUCGGUGCGUGCAUGCAAAUUUUUGGCAUAAAACAGCCGCGACUUCUUGGAAGGCAGCGCACUAGUCAGAGUUCCGCCGGGGCAGCAGCUACUCCAAGCACAACCGAAACAGAAACCGAAGCCAAGUCAAGCCAAUCACCUGUGGAGAUUUCAUAAUCCCAGCCCCAAUCCCAGCCAGGAAUACUCCGAUUCCGAACGCGAGUGAAAGUGCGCGAGUGUUGGUGCGGCCGAAAGAAAAGCGAAUUCCCCAAGUCAAUUGUGUCAGCAGUACAUCAUCUUCGGGAGCACACAGAAGCACAGAGCCAUCAUGAGUGGAUACACAGACCUCACCAAGCUGGAGACCAGUCGGAACUGCCUGCGCCGCAUCGCCCGUCACGAUGAGCAGCAGUUCUCCAAAGACAGCAUCGUCAAUGUGAUGGAGAAGUUUGUGAAGACUGUCAACAUAAUGGACGACACCAUACUGGUGCCAUGCAGGCUCAUGGAUCGACAGAUCGGCGACAGCACUGACAUCAUCCCAGCCACCGGCAAGGACUCCACCGCCAACCAGCUGACACAGAGCUCCAGCGCCCACGGCAAGCGGGGGGCGGCGCACUCGAAGAAUGUGCAGGACUUCCUCAGCGCCUCCGAGCUGUUCAAUCUGUACAACAUGUUGAACUCGCUCAAAAAGGAUCUGCUCUGGACCGCCAACCAGGAGGACGACCAGGAGCAGCACCCCCAGCAGCAACAGCUCAACGCCAGUCCCAAUUCCUCAGCGAAUUGCAGUUCCAGCGAGAGCAAGACUGAGUCCAGCAGCAGCGGCAGCCCGAGCACAACCGUCAAGGGCCAUGUGCGCCGCACCUCCACCGCCUCGAUGAUGUCCACCAACUCGGUGAGCAACAUGAGCGACUCGGACUCGGACAUCUCGCAGGAGAACGACUCGGGACUGGAGUCCGACGGCAACAAGAGCGACAACGCGCAGAGCAGCGACGGUAGCGACAUCGUGGAUGUGGCCAAGUCGAAGCAGGGCUCCGGGGACAAGGCCACGGAGCUGGCGCAGCGCUGCCGGAGGCAUCUGAACGGUCUGUACCAGUGCCUGGAGCAAAUGACAGAGGCGGCCAACUACCUGACCGCCAGAUACCAAAGUGAUAUUGGGCCCGUCUAGGACGGCCCACUCAACGCCUUCUCGACCCUCUUCUCCUACGCCUCCUAAUCCUAAUCCUACACCUACACUUUCACUUCCUUUCGAGCUGGGCGGGGUUAACUUCAUAUUAUAGUCGCGGGCGGGUCUUUACACUCAUUAGUAUCAAGUGAAGCAAGUGUGAGGUCUUUCUUUCACUUUAACUAUAAACUAUAACUAUUACUGUAUCUGUGUAUCUAUAUCUAUGUAUAUGAUAAUGUAUAUGUAACUUGAGGGGGUGCUAAGUAAGACAUAUGAGGAUCGUAUGUGUGCAUGAGGAUUGUAUAAAUGUAUAACUGAGGAUGAUAAAUAACUGGUAGUUAUAGUAGUGGAUAAAGCAGCGCCUAAAGCAACAAAUCAACAAAACGUUCUAUUGUAAAAAUCGUAACUUCUUCGUUGUAUCUCUCUUAUGGGUUUUAAGGGGAACCGACCGAAAUGAAAAAGAAAACUCACAGAAGCCAAUCACAUCAGUCCCGAUCAUUCCUUCUGUUUUCGUUGGGGUCCCAUUGCGCUUCAGUCAAAAGGGUUCUCCAUGGCGUAGCUGUGGCCCCAACCCCUAUGUAGAUCCCUCAUUCUUUGCAAUUUGAUUUCGUAUAUACAUUGGAUAGAUAGCUAUGGGGACUGCAGAAACACACUAAAGCAAACACUGUUCAACAAGUACAAGAAAUAUAAUUUCUAACUAAAUUACGAAUACGAACACAAGUGAAGUGGGAGCGGAGGCGGAAGCAAGUGGUGAUGGCCCACUUCACUUUUAGCCUGUAUGCAAAUUUAUAUAUUCCACAAUUGUUAUUGUAAUUGUUUAAGCCAACUAUUUGUGCCGUUAUGUUUCGUUUGAUAUCCUCUUCGCAGCCAGCCAGCGACAUCCAGUGGAUCCAGCGGAGUGGGAUGGGGAUGGGGAUGGCGAGUUCCUCCCAGACCCCACCGAAUGUCACCCGGAGAUUCACCUGCUUGUCACUGGUUCGGCUUCGAAGAUCGCAGAGCAAACUGUAAAUUACUAACGUUAAUAGCGCUUGUGCGAGAGCUAAAAAGAGAAUUAUUUAUACACAAUAAAUAAAUUUUACUUAGAAAAUAUA